GAAACUGCGGCUCCAGGAUGAUGAUGGAGGACGGACGGCUUGGAAAUAAACGGCGUGGAAAAUAAAAGAAAGGAGGAAGAGAGGAUGAUGAUGGCGGAUGGAUGUUGCAGGGUGGACAGAGGAAACCGGGGGAAGAUGAAGAUGAUGGCGCCGAUGCCGAGGCCGGUUUACGCGCAGCCGCAGCAUCAGCACCAGUUCCUCCAUGGCGGGGCCGGCGGGGCCGGCGCCGGCGCGACGCCGCAUCCGCAGCACCAGUUCCUCCAUGGCGGGGCCGGGGCCGGCGCCGGCGCGACGCCGCAUCCGCAGCAUCAGCAGCCGGGCAGCGACAUCCAGGAGCUGGCCUCCAAAAGGGUGGACGUCCAGAAGAAGCGCUUCUACCUGGACGUGAAGCAGAGCGGCCGCGGGCGGUUCCUGAAGGUGGCCGAGGUUUGGAUCGGCCGCGGCCGCGGCGACAACGUCCGCAAGAGCAAGCUGACGUUGUCCAUGGCGACGGCGCCGGCGCUGCGCGGCUGCCUGGGCGGGUUCAUAGACUACUACGCCCGGAUCGGGCUGAGGGGCGAGCCGCCGCCGCCCCGCUCUCCCCCGGCGGCCCCGGGGCCGGCGCGGGGGCCGGGCACCAGGGCCCCCGUAGCCGCCACGGAGCCGCCGCCGCGCGGGCCGCUCUCCCCCGCCGGCUCGGCCGGCUCCACGGACGAACACGCCGCCGCCCACCGCGUCCUGAAGAGCGAGCUGAUCGAGAAGGACAACAGGAAGUACUUCCUGGACCUGAAGGAGAACCGGAGGGGCCGGUUCCUGCGGAUCCGCCAAACCAUCAGCAAGGGCCACGGGACGAUGGGCUACUACGGGCCGGCAUCGAGCAGACCAUCGUUCUCCCCGGCGCAGGGACUGAUCGAGUUCCGUGACGCGCUGUCCCAGCUGAUCGACGACUUCGGCAACGAGGAUGCCGACUCGUACGGAGACUCGCCGGGCCGGGGGGGCCGGCCCGGGCUCCGUGGCCCCCGUAACCACGACGACGGCCCGGAGCUGCCGGACGCUGCGUCGUUCCGCGUCGACAACAAGAGGUUUUACCUGGACGUCGGUUCCAACCGCUACGGCGUCUUCCUGAAGGUGAGCGAGGUGCGGCAGCCGUACCGGAACACCAUCACGGUUCCGCUGAAGGCCUGGGCCCGUUUCGGCGAGAACUUCCUCCGGUACGAGGACGAGAUGCGGCGGAUCUUCAGCGUCCACCAGGACAAGAGGACGGAGGCGCGGCGGGACAGCGGCGGAGCCCGAGGACUGAGCCGCGUCGCCGCCGUUUCACGUGUGGUGUCACCGCGCCGGCGCCUGCGGCGUCACGUUACACGUGAAACGUGAGGACGCGCCUGCAGCGUCAAGUUACACGUGUAGCGUCACCGCGCCUGCGGCGUCACGUUACACGU